AUGGUCAAAUUCCUCCCCUUCGCCGACCUCCAGGUCCCCUCGCCCGGUUUCGGCGCCAUGGGCCUCAGCUUCGGGCUGGGCAAUAACCUAAGCUACGAGGAGGCCGAGCCCGUGCUUCUGAAGGCGAUCGAGCUGGGUUGCACCUUUUGGGAUACGGCCGUUGUCUACCAAGCCGGUGUCAACGAGAAACUCCUUGGUGACUUCAUCCGCAAGCAUAACGUGCGCGACAAAGUGUUCAUCGCCUCCAAAUGCGGCUUCGACGUCUUCGGCAACAAAGGCGUCACCAACUCCGCCGCCCACAUCAAGGAGUACAUCGAGGGAACGAUCGAGCGACUCGGCUUCGCCCCGGACCUGUACUACCUGCACCGGAUUGACCCUAACACCCCCCUCGAAGAAUCCAUCCCCGCCCUAGACGAGAUCCGCAAGGCCGGAAAGACCAAAUACAUCGGUCUGUCGGAGUGCUCUGCGGCGACGCUCCGCAAGGCGAACUCCAUCGCCAAGAUCGACGCCGUACAAGCGGAAUACUCCGCCUUCGAGACUAUCCACGAGACGGACGGGCUGAUUGACACAGCUAAGGAGCUGGGCGUCGCCUACGUGGCGUACAGCCCGCUGGGCCACGGCUGGCUGGUCGAUAACUUCGACUACCAGUCGCCCGAGGACUUCAAGCCGGAUGAUUUCCGGCGGACGUCCCCCAAAUUCCAAGGCGAGAACUUCUACAAGAACAAGGCGAUUGUGGAGGAAAUCAAAAAGCUGGCGGCGCGCAAGGGCUGCUCGGUCAGUCAGAUCGCGCUGGCCUGGGUCGCCGCCCAGGGGAUGAUCGCCAUUCCCGGGACGACCAAGGUGGCCCGGCUGGAGGCGAACUGGGCGUCGCGCGAGGUGGAGCUGAGCGAGGCGGAGCGCGCGGAGAUGCGCCGGAUUGUGGACAGCGCCAAGCCGCACGGAAAUCGGUAUGGGGCGGCCAACCAGGCGCUUGUUGGGCAUUAGGGAGGUGAAGUGGAGUAGGAGUGGGGUGAUAGCAUUGCAUAAUUCCAAUCGAGAAUGAGAGAAUACACAUCGCCUGUCUGUGUAUAUACUGUAUCGAUGAGGGCAUAGUCCACAGAUCCACUGUUACCACCCCCCAGCGAAAAACCCCGAUUGGUUGUAGUUGUCGAUGUGUUAAGGGGCGGUCAUCUCGACUUUUGGUGCAGAGCAGUACGGAGACGGGUGGAAAAGAAGCAACCCGUUAUCUUUGCUGGCUGCCUGUUGUUAAACAUCCCUUCUUGCCCCUGGAUAGUAGCACUGAAGUGGGUGCUCCUCUUUUGGUGUGGUAUAUGCUCUCUCCCCCAGCUCUGUUGCCUGUAAACGCAAGCAUUUAUCU